UGCCAAAGAUAAGCUUCAAUUUGCCAAUAGUCUUUAGAUUGUGACAAGAAAUGAAUCUUCUCUUUACACAACUUAAUUAGUAAACAAAAGGGUCCACUCUUACCCCCAUUCACUACCCUUCUAAGUUCUAAGUUCUAUGUUUUAACACUACACUCCAAUGACAAAUCCCUCUCUUUUUUGAAGUAUAUGAUCUAAUCUUCUCUUCUUUUUCUUAUUGAUCAAAAGAAUGGAUCUUGAGGAGUGGGAUCUUCUUUCUGAUGAUGGGUUUUUUGAUCAAAAUAAAGAUGAUAUUGGGGAUAAUUUCUGUUUAAAAUCUAUCCAAAAUACUACCACUAUAAUUGACAUGAACUAUUUCCAAAAAUUUGAUGAACCCCAAGAAAAAAGUGAGGAAAUCCCAGAAGAAGUAACUAAGUUUCCAAUUGAAACUGUAAAAACUGAUUAUCAGGAAACAGUUUCCCAAAUUUUCUUCAAAAAAUUAAAGGAAAAUGAAUUUGCCGACAUGAAAAUGGACUCACCCAAGUCUUUAAAUAUGGGUAAUUUGCCUCAAAUUGAUGUGGGUACUUAUCAAUUUGAGGAAUUAGAGAAAAAAAGUGUUGAUUGUGAAGAGAAUGAAUCACAAUUAGAAGAAUUAUCAAUCAUUAACAAGGAGGAGAAGAUCAAAAUUGGGGAUGAAGUUUCAGGUGAUUGUGAUGAUGAUAAAGUUGAAGGUUUGAAUAUUUGGAAAUGGGCAAUGACUGGAAUUGGUGCCCUUUUCUCUUUUGGGUUUGCUGCUGCUACUGUUUCUUUCAUUGUUUUAGGUAAUCAUCAUAAGGGAAGUUCCUGCAAUACAAACAAGCAAGAAAUUCAUUUCCAGAUUUUCUCCCAUGAUAAGAGAAUGAAGCAAAUGGUGCAUCGUGCCACAAAGCUAAACGAAGCCAUCACAGUAAUAAGAGGAGGACCUGGAACAAGGGCUCACAUAACCAUUGGUGGGUACUACGAAGGUCUUUGAAGGGGUCAUUCGCCCUCUACUAAGUCAGGUUCAAAUGCUCGGCAAAUCUGGAAUCAAACGGUAAAUGUUUCGUUGUGUUUUGUUUUAUUAUUAGUACUUUUCCGAUCUUAUACCAAUUAUAGUCCAUAUGAAAAAAUAUCGGUGUUUGUACAUGCUACUAUAAAAUCAUACGUAUAACGUAUUCGGGAUCCUUACUUGUACACUCUACUUUAGUAGAUUAUAUAGCUUCAUCGGACACCCCGUUGAAAUAGUUGGGUUCAAACUGCAGGGAAGAUUGUGGUCCUUUGUAAAUGUACUAGGCAUUAUAUGCUUGUUUUCAGUUUAUACUGCAAAUUGUGUGACCAUGAAAGAAAUACGUGCUUAUAAUUUGGAUUUUGUUGUGAUUCAAUAUUCAAUGUUGUUGGUUUAUUGUGGGC